GGGCGCCCGGCAAAAAAUCCGACCCCUGCCUUUCGAUCGCUUCGCCGAUUCUCCCACCUUUAUAAGCGCGUUUGCCCCCAGACGAUCUCCGAAUCAGAACCACGCGCCCCAUUGGCUCACCCUCCUCCCCCCCGCCCCCGCACGCGCGCUCACCGGUUGUUUCUCUCUCGCUCUCGCCCCGUGGCUUCUGCUUGCUUAGUUCAGUUUGGCCAACUCUCGUUUGCGGCGGGCGGGUUCGACCGGUGGUGGUCUGAUUAGCGAUUGAGCGAGUUGUGUUGGGGUGUGCUCUUGGAAUGGAAGCGGCGGAUCGGGGCGCCGGCGGCCGGGGACGCGAGCGGAGAUGGAAGGGGAAGGGCGCGAGCUCGGCGGCGGAGAAGCAGCGGCCGCUGCCGCCUCAGCAGCUGGCGCCGGUUUUAGAAGACGCGCCACCGGCCGCAUUGCUCCGGCCACUGAAGAAGCCCGAUUGCCGCCUCCACCGCUCCGUGUCUUCGCUGUCGUCGGCUCCUGCUUCCUCUGGCUCGUCCUCUGUCUCCGACCCCAUCUCGCCGCCUGCGGUGGGGUCCUCCUUGCCUUAUCCGUCGCCGGGAUCGACGCGGCAUAUAUUUCCGUUCGCGUACGAUCCGUCCCCUGCGGCGGCACCGAGGCUCCUUCAGCUGUUGCAGUACUCCUCUAGCCUGUACCAACAGCAGCCUCUCCUGCCGCAGCAGCUCCAACAGCAACAACAACAGACACCUUUGCAGAAUCAGCAGAUGAUCUCGUUCGGCGACGCCCAGCACGAGGCGCAGCAGCCUCCCCUGAUCCCGCCGCAGCUCAUGGCGCCGGAAGCGCUGCGCUACUGGAGCGAAGCGCUGAACCUGAGCCCCCGGGGCGUGCUCGGCGGGCUCGUGCCGGUGCCGCAGUCGCUGUUCCAGCACCUGCUGCGGGCGCCGGUCCCGGCCAAGCUGUACCGCGGCGUGCGGCAGCGCCACUGGGGGAAGUGGGUGGCGGAGAUCCGCCUGCCGCGGAACCGCACGCGGCUGUGGCUCGGCACCUUCGACACCGCCGAGGACGCCGCCAUGGCGUACGACCGCGAGGCCUUCAAGCUGCGCGGCGAGAACGCGCGCCUCAACUUCCCCGACCUCUUCCUCGGCAAAGGACGCGCCGGCGGGAGCGGCCGCACCAGCGCCAGCGCCGCUGCGUCCCGCUCCUCUUCCUCCUGUUCGUCCGCUCCGCCCACGCCGGACGAGACCCGCACGCAGCAAGCUCGUCAGGCGCUGCUGCUGCGUGAACAGCAGCAGCAGCAGCAGCAGGAGCAUUUGGAAGAGCCAUCGGACAUUGAACCGACACCUCUGUUCUCUGCAGCAGAGGAGCAGGAAGGCAUCCCGGAAGCCGAGCAAAGUCCUCAGCUUCUCCAUAAGGCAGAACAGCAAUGCGGCGAAGGCAGCACGGCCAUGGCGCAGGCUCCAGUGACCUCCGGCGGCGUUUGGGGGCCGGCCGACGAGGCAUGGUUCAGCGCGUGGGGCCCGGGCAGCUCCGUCUGGGACUACGACAUGGACAGCGCGCAUGGUCUCUUUCUCCAGUCUCGCUUCGCCGGCGAGCAGACCGGCAUGGACUACGUCCCCAGUGCGCCGGAAGCCCACAUGGCACCGGCACCAGGGGCAGCUUCUCCUUCUCUCCCUCCUCGUCCUCCCCCUUCUCACAGUCCAACCUUCGUGUGGAAGGACUGAACACGCAUUCCCAUCUCCAAAAAUCUCGCACACAACACUUACCUAUUCCGUGACAUGCACUGGCACACAGGCUGCAGAUUUUUAACAGACAGCCUGUGGCAUGCCUUGCUCUGAUAUCUUUUCUCCUGAAAAUCACAAGGAAGCCCCGGCUGCAUUUUUUAGGCUGGGAUAAGGAUGGGCUAUAUUUCAAUCCCCAUCCUUGUCGAUCCUUCCGUGAUGAUUCUUUCCUCAACAUGAUUUUUUAGGCAUUAGAUAGCUAGUGAUCAUGAACUGUUUCCUGCACUGCAGAAGCAGAGUUUGUAGUUUCAUAUUUAGUUCGUUAUGUAUGUUUUUAGGGAUUCCUAAUAAAGGUUUGGGAAGAGGAGACGACUUUUAUGCUCUCUUCUUCUUCUUACUGAGAUGAUUAUGUUUUCUGCA